AUGCGCACGCCUCUGUCCCCGCCUCCUGGCCACUGCCGCUGAGGAGGGGAAGCUGAGUGGGCUGUGGCCCACUCCGCUGCCUCUGCUUCGGCUAGGAUGUGGCUCCUCCUCACUGUGCUCUGCAUGACCAGCCUGGCUCCUCUGCUGGCCUUCAACGUGGAUGUGGCCCGGACCUGGGUGACUCCCAAGACAGGCGGGCCUCAUGUGCUCAGCUCCCAUGUGCACCAAGACCCCAGCAGCAAGGAAACCUGGCUCCUGGUCACCACCUCUAAAACCAGCAGGGCAGCAGGGCGCGUGCACAAGUGUUCCCUCAGCCAGGAUGAGAUCCUCUGCCAGCCUGUGGAGCAUGUCCCCAUCCCCAAGGGGCGGCACCAGGGAGCGACCGUUGUCCGGAACAACGACAGUGUUUUGAUCUGCAUUCAACAGGUGGCCCGGCGGCCCCACAGCCUCAGCUCAGAACUCACAGGCACCUGCAGCCUGCUGGGCCCCGACCUCAGUCCCACGGCCCAGGUCUCUUUCAACAAUGUUGAAAAUCUCCUGGAUCCUAAGGCACAUGUGCAUGCUGGAGACUGCUACAGGAACAAAAAAGACAGCACAGAGAAUACCGCCAGGCGGCGCCGGGCUCUGGAAGCAAAGGAGGAAAAAGAGGAGGAGGAGGAGGAAGAGGCAGAAGCCGGCACUGAAAUCGCCAUCGUCCUGGAUGGCUCAGGGAGCAUCGAUGCCCCAGACUUCCAGAAAGCCAAAGACUUCAUCUCUAACAUGAUGAGAAGUGUCUAUGAGAAGUGCUUCGAGUGCAACUUUGCCCUGGUGCAGUAUGGAAGAGAGAUCAAGACCGAGUUUGACCUUCAGGACAGCCAGGAUGUGAUGGCCUCCCUCAGCAGAGUCCAGAACAUCACUCAAGUGGGGAAUGUCACCAGGACAGCCUCUGCCAUGCAGCAUGUCCUCGACAACAUCUUCACACCAAGACACGGCUCCAAAAAAAAGGCAUCCAAGAUCAUGGUGGUGCUCACUGACGGGGACAUAUUCGGAGACAACCUAAACCUCACGACUGUCAUCCACUCAACAAAGAUGCAAGGUGUUGAGCGCUUUGCCAUUGGGGUGGGAGAGGCAUUUGAGAAGCCUAAGACUGAGAAAGAACUGAGGCUGAUCGCCUCGGACCCCAGCAAGACCCAUGCCUUCAAAGUGACCAACUACACGGCACUGGGUGGACUGCUGAGCCAGCUGAAGCAAAGCAUCGUUCCCAUGGAAGGCACUGUCGGAGAAGCCCUCCACUAUGAGCUGGCACAGAUCGGGUUCAGCGCCCAGAUCCUGGACAAGGGGCAGGUGCUGCUCGGCGCUGUGGGCGCCUUUGACUGGUCGGGGGGCGCAUUGCUCUAUGACAUGCACAGUCGCAGGGGCCACUUCCUGAACCACUCAGUGGGGGACACCAAGGCCGGAAAGCACAGCUACCUGGGUUACUCAGUGGCCGUGCUGCGUAAGGCCUGCGGACCCUCCUAUGUGGCGGGGGCUCCACGGCACAAGCAUCGAGGGGCCGUGUUUGAGCUCCGGAAGGAGAACGGAGAGACCAACUUCAUGCCAGUGCUGGAGGGAGAGCAGAUGGGGUCCUAUUUUGGCUCUGAGCUGUGUCCCGUGGACAUCGACAUGGAUGGAACCACGGACUUCUUGCUGGUGGCUGCUCCGUUUUACCACGUUCAUGGACAGGAAGGCAGAGUCUAUGUGUACCGUCUGAAUAAGCAGGAUGGUUCUUUCUCCUUGGUACAAACGUUGUGCGGGCAUCCUGGGUUCACAGAGGCCCGAUUCGGCUUUGCCAUGACAACAGUAGGGGAUAUCAGUCAGGAUAAGCUCACAGAUGUGGCCAUUGGGGCCCCCCUGGAAGGUUUCGUGGCGGGUGAUGACAUCAGCUUCGGCAGCGUAUACAUUUACAAUGGACGCCGGGAUGGCCUCUUUACCAACUACUCACAGCACAUCCGAGCCUCAGCGGUGGCCCCUGGACUGCGCUACUUUGGCACGUCCGUGGACGGCGGCUUAGAUUUGAAUGGCGAUGACCUUGACGACAUCACCGUGGGCACCCUUGGUCGGGCGGUUGUGCUCUGCUCAAGACCUGUGGUUCGCCUGAAGGUGUUUAUGACCUUCACCCCCAUGGUGCUGCCCAUUGGCUUCAACGACAGUGUGAAUGUGCUUUUAUGUUUUGAAAUCAGCUCUGUGACCACAGCUGCCAAGUCAGGCCUCGGAGAGACAUCUCUGAAUUUCACGGUGGAUGUGGAUACGCUGAGGUCGAGGAAGAGGCUGCAGUUUCAGGGCGGUAGUGCUUGUCAGAGCUACCUUAAGGACUGGCACGAUGGGCCGCUUCUCUGUGAGCGCCUCAGGCUCUUUCCCACAGAGGAAGAGCUCCCCGAAGAGGACCACUUCUUCAACAUCAGUAUCAACGUCAGCUACCAACUCCAGACCCCCAAGGACUGGAGUGACCGUCCCCACCCUGUCCUGGACCUCUACAAUGAGACCUCUGCCAUCUUCCAGCUGUCCUAUGAGAAGGCCUGCAAGAAUAGGCUGUUUUGUGUUCCUGAGUUACAGCUGGCCACCACCAUCUCUCAGCAGAAAUUGGUGGUGGGUGUCACGAAGGAGCUGACUAUGAGUAUUAACCUAGCUAACUCUGGAGAAGAUUCCUACAUGACAAGCAUGGCUCUAAAUUAUCCCAGAAAUCUACUGUUUAAGAGGAUACAAAAGCCUCCUUCCCCAGAUAUUCAGUGUGAUGACCCUAAGCCAACUGCUUCUGUCCUGGUCAUGAACUGCAAGAUUGGUCACCCCAUACUUAAGAGGUCAUCUGCAAACUUUUCAGUAGUCUGGCAGAUAGAGGAGAGUGUCUUUCCAAACAGGACAGCUGACAUCACUGUGAACAUCACAAAUGCCAAUGAAAAACCAUCUGUGGUCACAGAGACCCACAGCCUUCAAUUCAGGCAUGCCUUCACUGCAGUUCUUCCCAAACCAUCAGUGAUGUACGUGAACACAAGCCAGGAACUUGGUGGCUCUGACUACAAAGAAUUCCCCUUCACUAUACAUGGGGAAAAUUUCUUUGAAGCUGAAUUCCAACUGCAAAUCUGUGUUCCCAUCAAAUUACAAGGUCUCCAGCUUAUAACAGUGAAGAAACUGACAAAGACUCAGGCUUACACUGUGUGCACCCAGCGUCAGGGGCGCGCUUGUGGGAGCGAUGCGAUUCAGCAUGUGGAGGAAUGGCAUUCAGUGAGCUGUGCAAUCACUUCGGAUAAAGAAAAUAUAACGGUCGCUGUAGAGAUCUCCCUGAAUCAAGCCAAGAAGGUCGUAAGAGAUAUAACUGAACUGCAGAUCCUUGGUGAAAUAUCUUUCAACAAAUCUCUGUAUGAGGGGCUGAAUGCGGAGAACCACAGAACUAAGAUCACUGUCAUCUUCCUGCAAGAUGAGGCCCGCCAGUCCUUGCCGCUCAUCAUUGGAAGCAGCGUUGCCGGCGUUCUGGUUUUGAUCGUGAUCCUAGUCAUCCUGUUCAAGUGUGGCUUUUUUAAAAGAAGAUACCAAGAACUGAACUUGGACAACAUAAGGAAGGCCCAGAUGAAGUCAGAGAAUUCGCUUACAGAAGAUUUGGACUAGCGUCCUCAUGCACUGGGAGAGACUCUCAGGCAGUCCUCGAACUUCUAGAGACUUGGUGUUGUACUGAUUACUUUUUCCUUUAGGACGAUCUGGGGCAGAAUCAAAGAAAUUGUUUGUAGAAUAUUAGUUUUUAAUAAUACAUUGUUCCAAAUGUGUCUGUGCAUUGUACUAAAAAUAA